AUGACUCGAUCACGCUCCAGCCGGCACCGAGGGAUUCUCGGGGAGCCCAUCGGCCGCGACCGCCUCUGCCGCUCACAACGUCCCCGGGUGAGAGUCCAAGCUAUCUGUGCUAUUCCAGAGCCCCAGAACUUACAUGAGCUGCGAGUCUUCCUCGGGAUGGCAGGAUGGUGUCGCUUGUGGAUCAUGGACUAUGGACUGAUUGCGAAACCCCUGUACGAAGCUCAGAAGACGCAGCCAUUCAUCUGGGGCAAGCCACAGAAGGAAGCCUUCCUAAAACUAAAAGAGGCAUUGACGACUGCUCCAGCAUUAAGGUUACCUGAUCUGUCUAAAGAUUUUCAGCUGUUUGUACAUAAAAGGCUACGCCUAGCACUAGGAGUCCUGACCCAACCUCUGAGACGUUGGAAAAGGCCGGUGGGCUACUUUUCCAAACAACUUGACAACAUAAGUGCGGGGUGGCCUCCAUGUCUGCGGGCGGUCGCAGCCACCGUGAUGCUGAUACAAGAAGCCAGGAAGCUUACUAUGGGAAGACACAUAGAUGUCUAUGUGCCACACAUGGUAACCACUGUCUUAGAACAGAAGGGGGGCCAUUGGCUAUCUCCAAGCAGGAUGAUAAAAUUCCAAGUAGUCCUGACUGAGCAAGAUGAUGUCACAUUAAAAACAACUAACCUUUUGAAUCCAGCUUUGUUCCUAGGUACCACAACUGAAGAAGGCCCAUUGGAACAUGACUGUGCAGAGGUAAUAGAGUACAUCUAUUCAGCAAGAGAAGACUUGAAAGACGUCCCGCUAGAGCAGCCGGAGUGGGAGAUAUUUACAGAUGGGAGCAGCUUCGUGGAAAACGGAACCAGAUACGCUGGAUAUGCGGUAACAACAGUCAGCACAGUAGUAGAAGCAAAGGCAUUACCACCAAAUACAUCUGCCCAGAAGGUAGAACUGGUUGCUCUAACCAGAGCACUAGAAUUAAGUGAAAGAAAAAAGGUAAAUAUAUGGACUGACUCAAAAUAUGCCUUUGGGGUGGUGCAUGUACACGGAGCACUGUGGAAAGAAAGGGGAUUAUUGUCUUCUCGAAGUACACACAUUAAACACCAAGAUGCAGUCCUGCAAUUGAUAAAAGCAGUACAAAAACCUGAGCAAGUGGCAAUUAUACACUGUAAAGCACACCAAUCAGGAAACUCCAAAAUCUGUGAAGGAAAUCGAAAGGCAGACUGGGCAGCCCGACAAGUUUCUCGGGAGCAGUCAAAGUAG